AUGACGGGCUCGAAGAAGCGCAAGGCUGUGACUAAAGAUGUCGAGGAGGAUGCUGCAGUCGUGUCUGGCGAUGAGUUCGACUUCGCCAAUUUAGACAUUACUCUCUCUGAUAGUGAGUCGGCGAGUGGUGGCAGCGAGAGCGAGAGUGAUAGCCAGGCCGAGAAUGAGUUGAGCUUAGCACAAGACGACGAAGAUAAUAUCUCCAUUGCGACUGAUGAAGUUCUAUCCGAAGACGAAGACGACAUUCUGCAGCCUCGCCAAAGCAAGACAAAUGGGACAGUGGACAUCGAUGUCCAGAAGGACCCAGAGUCCACCGCAGCCCAAGAAUCAGAAGAUGAAAUUCCCAACUAUCGGGUGGUCAAGGAUGCGAAUGGAAAUGACAGAUAUAUCUACGACGAGAUUGAUCCAGGCAAUGACUCGGACUAUUCAGUGGCGGAUGACGAAGCCAACACCAUUGGCAAUAUACCUCUCUCCUUCUACGAGUCGUACCCUCACAUCGGCUACAAUAUCAACGGCAAGAAAAUUAUGAGGCCGGCGAAAGGUCAAGCCCUAGAUGCUCUGCUCGACAGUAUUGAGAUCCCCAAGGGCUGGACUGGUUUAACCGACCCUUCGACUGGAAAGCCCCUCGAGCUCUCUCAGCAAGAAUUACAACUGCUCCGAAAAAUCCAGAUGAACGAGAUGCCUGUUGAUGGAUAUGAUCCUUACGAACCUACGGUGGAGUGGUUUACUAGCAAGGUGGAAACCAUGCCAUUGAGUGCAGCCCCUGAGCCAAAAAGACGAUUCGUUCCCUCGAAACAUGAAGCCAAACGUGUCAUGAAGAUCGUUCGAGCAAUAAGAGAGGGACGUAUUCAACCUUACAAACCUCCCAAAGAAGAGGAGUACGAGGAUGAAGGUGUCCAAAACUACGACAUCUGGGCCGAUGAGCAGCCUCGACUAGAUCACGUCAUGCAUAUGCCCGCUCCUAAAUUACCACCUCCCGGUUUCGAUGAGAGCUAUCACCCUCCACCGGAGUAUCUCCCAGACAAGAAAGAGAAGGAUGCCUGGGAGAAAGCUGAUGAGGAAGAUCGAGAGAAAGACUACCUGCCUGCUGAUCAUUCUGCACUCAGAAAAGUCCCCGGCUACGAUCGCUUUGUCAAGGAAAAGUUUGACCGCUGUCUCGAUCUCUAUCUUGCACCUAGAGUCCGGCGAACUAAGCUCAACAUCGACCCAGAAUCGUUGUUACCGAAACUUCCGAAUCCUGACGAGCUACGUCCGUUCCCUACACAUGAAGCGGGACGCUUUCAUGGCCACAAUGGUCGAGUCCGGUCAAUUGCUAUUGAUCCUUCUGGUCAAUAUCUUGCUAGCGGCGGAGAUGAUGGCACAGUCCGAGUCUGGACUCUACAACCACCACGUGAGGUUUGGUCCUUGGAACUCGGCUCUGAUAGUCCCGUUAAUGCUGUGCGUUGGCGACCUGGAAAGGCUACUCCGAUAUUGGCCUGCUGUGCUGGUGAUGAUGUGUACUUGAGCAUCCCAAAACUUGGCGUAGAAGUCAGUCCGGAAGCUGAUGCGUCGCAAGACGUGCUUGAUGCUGGUUGGGGCUAUGCUGCAUCCGAAAAGACUACGUCAAUCUCUGGAGGAAUCAAGUGGAGCCGGCCAUCAGCCGGCCUCCGUGACAAAGGGGUAGCAAUUGUCAUACAUAUUGGACACACUCCCAAGACUCUAUCUUUCCAUUCAGGUGGGAAUCACUUCGUCACGAUAUGUUCUGGUACAACUGUUCCAGCCUCACAAGCCAUUGCUAUCCAUACCAUUUCGAAGCAUCAAACACAACUCCCGUUCCGCAAAAGAAUUCGAGGCGGUGGCACUCCACAAGUCGCUCACUUUCACCCAACCAAGCCGACACUGUUUGUUGCAAAUCAGAGGAUAAUCCGAGCAUACGAUCUAUCAAGGCAGUCUCUACUCAAGAUUGUACAGCCUGGCGCACGAUGGAUUAGCAGCUUUGAUAUCCAUCCCACAAGUUCAUCAACUGCAGGUUCGGACAAUCUCAUCGUUGGGUCGUACGAUCGAAGGCUGUUAUGGAUGGACUUGGAUCUCUCUCCUCGCCCAUACAAGACCCUGCGCUUUCACGACAAGGCGAUCAGAUCAGUGCGAUUUCACCCAGCGACCAAUAGGUAUCCUCUUUUUGCAGACGGCAGCGAUGAUGGUAGCAUUCAGAUAUUCCAUGGACAGGUUACUAGUGACAUGAUGAGCAGUGCACAGAUAGUGCCAUUGAAAGUUUUGCGAGGACACAAAGUCGCAGGAGGGUUGGGAGUGAUGGAGUUAGAUUGGCACCCUCAACAUCCAUGGCUGGUCAGUGCAGGUGGUGACGGAACAUGUAGGCUCUGGGUACCGUAG